AUGUCAGGAGAAAAAAUCCGUGUUCAAAUUUAUGGGUCAAGCGUUGCCGGAAAUAUUUUUGUUAAACAAAAUCAAGCAUCUAUCGAAUCAAUAUUAAAUUCUAACAAAAUCCCUUAUACAUUUGUUGACGUUGCUGCUGAUCAAGAUCAAUUAAAUUAUAUGAAAAGAAAAAAUGGAGGUGUAAAAGAAUUACCUCAAAUUUUUGUUGAUGGCGAAUAUAAAGGACUUACGAAAGAACUUGAACAGGCUGUUGAAAUGAGAGAAGUAAAAGAAUUUUUGGGUCUGGAUUGA